AAGACAACCAUCAUCGUCUCCGUGUGUGCGCGUCUUCUCUUUUCCCCAAUCGCAUCGCACGCGCUUCAGAUCGGCGACCUCCACACGACGACGAGGAGGAGACGAGGCAAGCAAGUGCAAUCAAGGCGGCCGAUUCUCUCUACUCCCGAUCUCACGACAUGGUCUGCAUCGCGUGCUUCCUGCCCCUGUUCUUGAUCCCUGUGGUCAACGCCCUCCCUUACCUCUUCGACCUCAUCCUCAGAAAGGUGUAUCAGCUACUUGGAUGGGAGUACAGGAGACCUGAAAGAGUCCCACCUGCUUGUCCUUAUAAGCCUGCAGCAAAGAAGAAAGAUGAAGGUGCAAGUGAAUCAAAACCCCUUGUUGAAGACCAAGGCGCUGCAGCAACCGCUGCAGAAGACAAGAAAGAGGAAUGAUGCAUGCGUUCACUCAAUCGAUGUUAGCCGACCCUGAAAAUAGGCACUUCCUCGCUAUCUUGUGAUCAUAUCAUAACUAAGAAAUAAUUGUUGUCAUGAAAAUAUGUUUGGAUGAUGGGUUGAUGAAUGUACUUCUAAUUCUACUGCCAA